AUGCAUUACAACUCAAUAAUCGAACUUGCAUAUACAAAAAGAAUUCAGAGGAAGUAUGCGUUGACGUACUCGAUGGUUCAUUGCAAUUAUGUAUCACUUGGACAAAGCCUUAUGCCAACCGGGCACGUCGACAACUUUUUGAUCCCUUGCUUUUGUCGGAAGUUCUUCGAGGACCGUCAUCCCUCAAUCUCUGGAAGGCACCAUUUCUUCCCGAAUAUUGGUGAGAACAUACUGAACUACCAAGACGAUAAACUAAGAUCAAUUGCCACUUCGUUUCUGGGGGCAGCAUCAGCAAGUAGGGGUAAACGUCUAGAUUUGUCAAAUACGCUGUUCUUCCCCACAUGUCUCGACAACCAUUGGAUAGUGUUUGCUGUCGAUUUCAAGUGGAAACUUUUUGCUUUCUUGGAUUCUUUUUAUGACAAGGACUCGUAUCUUCACAAGACUAUCAGAGAGAAAUUUAUCAAGAACUUCAUCAAGUUGUGGGAAAUCAUUUUCCAAACAGACCAGCAUAAUUUCAAGAUUUUCAAAAGGAUGUACCCUCAUGUGCCCAAACAGACUAAUGGAAAUGAUUGUGGAGUGUUUGCAACAAAGAUAAUGGAGAUAUGGGCACCACCCUUGGAUCUGCGCAAGAUUUUCUCACAUGACGACAUCCAACACAUAAGAAUUCAGUACAUGAACCAACUUUUCUUUUGGAAGAAAAACACUGCAGACAAGAGCCUUGUCACUGGUUUCAACUUACAGGGUGACUUCGUCAGCAAUCCUCCAUGA